AUGGCUUUGACUGUGAACUUCAGCGUCGAGCGACUGGAUGAUCCGCAGGAAGAAGUGGCGAGAGCCACUUUAUUGCGAGAAAAGGCCACCACCAAUUAUGAGGCGCUUGCCCUCAGCACAUAUGGCCGUAUCUUGGAGAUUGUCUUCUUCCGGACGAUCAAGGACCCAGGCAACACGAAGACCACUGCGGAACUUCUGCGGUUGUGGAACAAUGAUAUCCAGAUGUCUAGCAGCGGUCUUCAGAAGAGUUUGUGGGGCCAACCCAAAAUCGAACUGGUUGAGGAGACCAUGGGCAAGUCAAGCCCGUUUCAAACGAUGGCUUCAUUCAACCGGCUCAUGAAGGCCAGGAAGGGAAGCCAGGCCUCUGCAGACUGGGUUUUGGACGCGGUGCUGGAUGGCAUUCAAUGUUGUUUCUACGAGAUCAGUGACUUGAAAAGCUCCGCCUUUUAUGGGAAGGGGUCCAGCAAAAGCCCGGAUGGACGCGUAGACCUCGCCAAGUUCAAGGAAAUUGCAGUGUCGCAUGAAGUUUAUCGCAAUCCCUGCGCAGGAGAGAAAAUCCGCAAGGAUCUUUCCUGGCAAGGGGCAAGAGCCGAAUCCGUCUGUACAACGGCAAACUUCAUCUUGCUCAUAUUUUGGGCCGCCAACGAGAAAUCCAACAAAAAGGAAGAGGCUGCGGUGGCAUACUUGUGGCCCAGCCACCAAAAGCCGAAGCAGCUAAGUGGCCGAAGCAGCUACACCUACAGUAGACGGCGUGGCCAGUUUUCAGCCACAAGCUUUCGUGAAGUGCUUGAGCCGAGGAGGUUCAAGGACAAUCCCGAAGCUCCUAAGGAAAAGCCUGCCGGAGACAAUGCUGCAUCGGCUGCUUCGGCAGAGGCUCCAGGGUGCCCACUGGAAGGAAUUGACAUUGAUGCCGAGAUACUUUCAAAGCGGCAGGGUUUGCUGGCAGAAAUGUUCGAGUCGACUGUGAUAGCAGAGGCUCCGACAGAGGGGCGGACCAUGAUGAUCUAUGACACGAAGACGGCUGGCGAAGCUUCUGCUCAGCCCUGGGUUCCAAGGCCAGGCUGCAGAAGAUCAAUCUCGAUUGAUACCAUAUUGCUCUGGCCAUCUCGAAUUCUGGAAACACCGAUCUAUUGCCCUGAUGAUUUAGAAUGUUUUGUUACUAUGUGA